AUGUCCCUUCAAUCCGGUAACUAUUACAUCAAAUCUUACAAGGACUUAGUACCACUUCGUUCGCUGCUUCCCAAACGGAUAGCCAAUGCGAACCACUGGGUGGACUCUGAUACUCGCUGGCGGGUUGAAGUAUCAGGAAAUGGUGUAUAUCAGAUCAGCGAAAGCGGGCCUACGUCGUCUCUUCUCAAUAAUGCUGGUUUUGGGUCUCUCCUGCAAGAAAUCUCCCGGGCCAUGAUGAGUGGCGGUGGUGCUAUGAAUGGCUGGGUCGUGACGCCUGCGUCUAGUGGUGAGGGAUAUUUGGUUAAGCAUGAGAGUUAUCAGAAUAUGGGAUGGGUUCUUAGUAGUGAAUCUGAAGGGCAGGUCGAGGUUAAGCAGUUGAGCGGCGAUGAGUUGCCUGAAGAGCGGUGGAAGUUUGAAGCUGUGGCUUAG